AAUGCAGCAAUAUAUCUCAAGGAGGGAAAGAACAAUAACCGCUUUGAAACCCAUCCCACCUCUCAAACAUUGCGAUGGUACCUUCUAGCAAAUUCCCAAAAAUUCUAUGUUUUGGAGCUGAUGGCUGCAUUGAUUCUUCUUGCCUUGGGACUCACUGAAAAACCAAGAGCUCAAAAAGCAAAUAAUUUGAGUGUUCCAGUCGAGGUAAGUGUACACUCAGCUCUAGGCGGAGGUGUUAUGGGAGUGUGGGGGGGGUUGAAAGGGGAAGUCCUACAACAUAUGGCUUUACAAAGUAUGAAUAAAGGGGUUAAGUUUUGAUUUUUUGCUUGGGGCUUGGAAACUAGACAGACUUUGAACUUGAUGUGAUAACCAAAUAUCUGUGGCAGAUAUUGGGUUAUCAUAUCAACUUCACAUGCUAUUGUAUACUGAAUGUAUGCUCAUAGUUAUCAUAGGGUAAGUCUAACCAUAAGCAAGUCUAAUGUAUAAUAAUGUUCAUUGGCCACCAUAAAGAGUUUCUAAAGCUGAUAUUUCCAGUGCUAGCCCUUCAUCAGAGCAAAAGUGUGAUCCUGAUGUAGAAAAUGACCAUGAGAAGAUGCAAAAAUGAUAAUAUAUUUGUAUAUUAUACUGGGAAAAUGUCUCCCAAUUUGAGGGUCACUAUGGCUCUCCUUAACCUCCCCUCCUUUACAGAUACAGAUUACACUUGUGAUUAUAAUGCAGUUGUAUUUUUGGGUAAAUGCAAAAUAAUUAACCUCUAAGUUGUGUUUUAACAUGAUGUCCUUAAGCAUAGAGAGAUUGAUUCUAUAAGUAGUCAAGAAGUAAAUCCUUCAGUAUCAACCAAUGAUUGAAAUAGCAGUUUUACUGAAUAAUUUAGAGGGCUUACUAUUUAAUAUGGGUAAUUGAUAUAUAAGAUUAAUAAUUUGAUAUUGUAAAUUACAAUAAUGAAUUCAAUAUUGUUUACCAGGUUCAUGCAGCCGUGGAGAUUCUCUCACUGAUGAUUGUCCUUGCUGGACGUGCUGUAAAACUGAAAUGGCAGGGAACAAAGCUUUUCUUCUCCCAUAAGAGAACGCUUUUCACGGUACAUUACAGUGCUACUUUGGUUGUAACAUGCAUUAAUUUUCCAUCAAAAAGGGUUGAUAGAGGGCUUUUCAAGUGAAAGUAUAAAAAAACAAAGCCAAAUUAAUUACAGCGACAACCAGAAAAAUGAAAAAGAAAUUACCAGAAGCUGAUUAGGACUUGAAUUAAAAACAACCAGAAUGCUCAGAGGAUGGAACUAAAUGUGCACAAGCUAUCACACUGCAAUUGGUUGAAGUUUUACAUCUAAUUCGUUGAGAAGGUAGUAAAACUUUUAUGGACCAAUCGCCAAGUGAGUGAUUGUAAUCUUGGAUUGUUCUCAACACUUGAUUGAAAUUUCUCUAUCUGGAAAAACUGGGUGUGGAUGUUUUAGUAAGAUAAUUAGCACCAUUAUUAUAAUUGUAAUUGGAAAGGAAGUGAGACUCAGAGGGAGUACUUAGUUUGAUAAAAAUGACAGGGAUUCUUACUAUCUAGAACCUCUUAAGUGUUAUAGAUCGAUAUGGGUCUGGCAAUAUAUUUUUUGGCUUGCUGAAAUACCAAUCCAACUUUAAAACAAUUCAAAUGUUUCACCUACUAUCAGGUUGUUAUUUGGUGCGUGGUAUUUGCAGAAGCCAUUGUGGUGCUGGUGAGAAGGGAGAAUCAUUUUCGAGUAACAAGAUCUCUGCGCCCACUCUUUCUUAUUGACACGCAUUACUGUUCUGGGGUGAGAAGGUGAGUCUCAUUCUGUAAGUUAAAAUUGUCACUGUGGUUUGUGUAAAUAAAUUUGUUGUUCAUUGUUCCAACCUCAGAGUAUUGAAAGGGUCCAAAAAUCUCUCCUGGAAUAAUUUUCCCACCAAAUUCGUGAUCAGUGGUGAAAUAACACAAAUCUCAAAGAUAGAUGUUUAAGGGAAGGGAUCAGUUUUGGGGUUCACUGUUCAAGGGCUACAGAUCAGUUUAUCUUGGGGAUCAUCCUAUAAAGAGUAUCCCUCCCAAUCAGGGGAAACAGAGCUGUAACAUAUCCUAAGAGAGUGCUGGGAUUGGUAAUCCACUAAUUCAAGAUGUUGGCAGCAAAAUGUCUUUGGCUGUUUUGAACUUCUAUUUUCUGAAAUGACUGUUAUUUCUUCCUGUUGUUUGAAUGAGAUUCAUGCACUCUCUUUUACUUUAAAUUUUUAGGGUUCUCAGACAGAUUUUACUUUCACUUCCCCCAAUCCUGUACAUGCUCUUUCUGCUGUUUUUUAUCAUGGUAAUCUUUGCUAUGUUAGGUAAGAAAUAAGAAAAAAGUUAGUAUUAGAGAAGUAUGCUCCAGAAAUCAGUUGUUAGCUUUUAUGUUGUUCAUUAGAAGGAAUGAUAUAUGAAAGGCACUGGUUACCAAAUUCUGAGAUUGAUUAUAGUUAACUCCAUGAAUUCCUAAAUUAAAUGAUUUGUGAAGAAUAGUUAUCUUGGAGUGUAGAUUGUAGAAAUUGUUUUUCUAGUUUACUAAUCAUUCUUAUUACAGUGAAGUUUCUGUAAUGGGGCCAACACUGACAUAAAUCAAUCUAAAAAUGCUGCGUUAGAGAAAUUUUUUAUAUUGACAGAACCUCCAAGUGUCUAUUAAAUCUCAAUUCAUUUAUUAAACUUGAAAGCUCGUAAAAAUUGAAGUACAUUAAAUUGAAAAAAGGCAUUACCAUUCAAUAUACACUAAUCAAAAUGUCCUAAACUCAAAAUAUGCGGAGCGUGUAUAAAGAUAAAUCUAAACAACACAAAUAUCCUAAGUGAUACCGAACUACCCUUGAUUGUACACGUUUAGGUAUAUAAAUCCAAAUAUAGACAAGAUGACAUACCUCUUUCCCCAUUCUAUUACUCUAAUAUUUCAACAAUCCUUCAAUCUAUCUUCUCUUCUGACUACACGUGUAACUCACAUGUCUCGUGGCUGAAUGAAACAUAAUGCUAACAAUUCAAAAGUAUGUCACACAAACCAAAGGGUAUUGAAAGUCAUGCAAAUAACUAAAAAUAACCUUCAUUACAGUUUCCUUAUUGCUUGCAGGGUUCUAUCUGUUUUCUGACAAUGAAAAGGAUCAGGUAAUUUUAUUUAGUUACUAUAAACCUACUCAUCAAACAUGUUGACAUAUUUGACAGACCAAUUUUCUUUUCCACCAUCACACCUCACUCGCAUGCUAGAUUAUUAAAUUAAAGAAAAGUUCACUGCUUAUUUGACUUGUAAUCUUUCCAAGGACUUCUAUUUAAUUCAGUCUCCUUUUGCAAAAUUAGUUUUUCAGCAGCUUUGGGGGAAGCUUCAUCAGCUUAUUUGUGUUAAUUACAACAGCAAAGUAGGUGAAAUUUAAUAGUUAUUCAUAGGUUAAGCAAGAAUGAUUUUAGUUCAUUGAAAUAUUCUCCCUCUCAUUAAUUACACUAAAUUUGUGGAUUCUUUUCUACAGUUAUCCUGAUGUAAUGAUGCCAGCAUAUAUCAGAUCACGAUGGUCUGUUAUCUACUUUGCUGUUUACAUUGCAGUUGUUCUUUACUUUCUCAUGGGUCUGGUAAGGUUUCAACACACCACAAUGUAUAAAUUGUGGCACAGAUCUGCACCACAUUAUUGCCAGCUAAUAUUAAUAUAUUUCCACCGGUCUCUACCAAUCUGACAAGUCACUUGACUCUGAUGAUGACUUCUGCUCAGGUUGUUGAAUGUCAGUCACUAUGACCAACAACACUCUGAGUCCUCUUAGGACUACUCUCACCUGGACAAUCAGACUACACAGUCAUUUACUGUGUAUGGUAAUUACCACCCAGUUUUCUUGACCUGUCUCUUUUAACCUUUUAACCCUCCAUACAUCAUAUAUUAUACAUCAUCCCUGAAUCAAACUAAGGUCAGUGGAAUAAAGGAAAUGAUUGUGAGGUCAAGAAGCUCUUGAUUAUUAUGCAAAUUCUCCCUGUAAGUACCUUAAAAAACUUGUGGAUAACAGUAAAGAGAACUUGUAAACUGAUGUGAGGGUGGAAAGCUAUGAGUUAACCUGUCACCCCCAGAAGUGACUGAUGAAAUUAAUUUCUACCAACAAUAUCUCUAUAUUGUCAAACUGGCAGGAGAUAAGAACAUAAACAACCAGAGAAAAUUAUUAAUCAGGAGAUAUCUUUUCCUGUUAGUAGCCAGACCAUAAGUCACUCAUUACUUUAUCAUGACAAAAAGUUUUGUAAUUUUUUUUCCAAAUUUUGGCCCCAACCAAAAUUAAUUACAUGUAGCCUAUGGUAAACAUAUAAUGUUUUCUUGCUUUAACAUUGCAGCUUUUGGCUGUGGUUUAUAAAGACUUUACAGACAUUGUAAAGGAUAAGUUUAAAAAACUCUUUGUUCAUAAAAGGUAAGAAUUUCUGUAGCAAAUCAGUUGAAUUUUGGCUAGUGUCUGCAACCUGAUGGUUUUAGUUGUCAUAAGGAAUUCUAACUACUCCUUGAUGUCAACUCAACACCAUCCACAGUAUCUCUCUCUCUUCCCUCUAUUCUCCUUCUUAAUGGUCCAGGUCAGGGAGGAAAGAAAGAUCUUAAGAAUCUGAUGCACUUCAGAGUAACAAAAGUUUCUCAGACUUUGUGUGCUUGUUAAAGUCUUGACUGGUAGUUUUCUUUUCUUUAAGGGAAGGUGUAAGAGAAGCUUACGAACUUCUCAAAGGUGAAAAUGUAAGUUGUUGAUAAGUUAGUAAUGUAUCAGUCUAUUAUUAACAAUUAACUGGUCAGUCAGUCAGUCAAGUAGGUCAUCUUCUGUCUGUCUGUGGAGCAGACAGCCAGGAGACAAGUACUGGUAGGCCGUGAGUCAGUCAGUAAGUUAGGCAUUAGGUUGUCAAUCUAGUGGUCUGUCAGUUUGUCUGAGUUAGUCAAUACCUAAUGAAUUAAUUCCCUGAAAUAGUCCAUUGUCAAAUAACUAUUGUGUCAGACUAAAUAUAACAACUUAGGUCUUGAUUAAGGCAGGGUCAUUUAUAUGUCAAUAACAAAUUUCCUGGCACAAAAAAAAUAAUCUACCUCUGAGGUAAGAUAAUUUACACUUUUUUUCAUAGCCCCCACAUGGGAUCCCAUGGGGAACUUUUAAAGGCUUGAUGUCACAUUACGACCCCAAAAGGAGUAAGUGCUUUAAUUUACUUCUGGCUUAUAAGUAAAAAAUGUGCUCAAAGUGUUUAUUACUUUUUACGAGUUCGCAGUUAACUAUAAUAUUUGAAUUUUAUUAUCGAUAGUCAGUCAAUAAGAGCCUGGACUAGUCUCAAAUCUUACUCACACACACUGUUGUUGUGGUUUAAAUAUUUUAGAGAAAUAUUAUUAAGGUCAUUAAUCUAAAUAUUGUUACUUUUCCAACAGCUGAUGUGGAGAAUUAUCUUUUUUUUAAGUCACUAAAUAAAAGUAACACUGGACAACUAAGGUAAUGUCCUCUUUCAAAAAUGCAUUAGUUUUAGGUUUUUCUAAAGAUUUGAAUUGGUAAUUCGUUUUUCGGCUUAAUUGUAGUUUAGAAUUUAUUUGGUUUCUACAUCUGGUACCAUUGUAGUUUGACUGUUACUCAAUAUUUAUACUUACUGGUAGUUAUCAACUUUUAUUUUAGCCUGGAUGAAUUUUACAAUGUUUUUGAAAACAGUGAGAUGAGGUGGAAGCAGGUAUGUGUCUUAUUUUAUCGAAAGAAAUUG